GCGAUGGCUAAUCCUUCUCCAGCAAAGAGCAUGGGCGACCCUGGAAUCACCCCACUGUCUCCUUCGCACACUCAGCAGAACGACACAGACCAAGUACCAUCAGGGCCGUCUUUGGUGGUGGUUGCCAUUGACUUUGGCACCACUUCCAGUGGUUAUGCUUACGCCUUCACUAAGGAGCCAGAGUGCAUUCACACUAUGAGGCGUUGGGAAGGGGGGGACCCUGGUGUGUCUAAUCAGAAGACCCCAACCACAAUCCUGCUGACUCCAGACAGGAAGUUCCACAGUUUUGGCUACGCGGCGCGUGACUUCUACCAUGACCUGGACCCCAGCGAGUCCAAACACUGGCUCUACCUGGAAAAAUUUAAAAUGAAGCUUCACACCACUGCAAAUCUGUCCAUUGACACAGACCUCCAAGCGGCCAAUGGGAAGCGAGUGAAAGCUCUUGAUAUCUUUGCAUAUGCAUUGGCCUUCUUUAAGGAGCAAGCACUAAAGGAGCUGAGUGAUCAGACUGGUGGCGAGUUUGAUAAUAAUGAUGUGAGAUGGGUAAUCACUGUUCCUGCCAUCUGGAAAAUGCCUGCAAAGCAGUUCAUGAGGGAAGCGGCCUAUAAGUCUGGUCUGGUGUCCCGUGAAAACCCAGAGCAGCUGAUCAUCUCCUUGGAACCUGAGGCAGCAUCAAUCUAUUGCCGCAAGCUCCGCCUCCACCAGAUGGUUGACCUAGGCACCCAGACUACCCAGAAUGGCUUCAGCCCCACUGACAACACGGGUGGUGGAAUGACCCAAGUUUCUCCAGGUCAAGGUAAACACACUUUCUGUUUAAAUUUAGACAGGAAAUGCAUGAGGGUUCAAAGCCACAGUUACUUUUUAUUUCUUUCCAACCAUCACAUUUCAACUUGCUUUUGCUUCUCUUCCGAGAUUCUAUCCUAUGCAAAAAGCAUAUCUUUAGACUGGGAAGUCCAAUAAUAAACUACAAUAUUU